AUGGAAUUCCACAGAUCUAUUCCCGCAGCACUCUUCCUAACUCUUAAUCUCAUGUUUGUUGCUUAUGUAAGUGGCUGCAACACUUGUUUGCCACCUAAGCCUAUCCCUAACCCUAACCCUAUCAGCAAUCCUACAAAGCAUAGCUGCCCAAGAGACGCCCUACAACUCGGAGUUUGCGCCAAAAUACUAGAUGGGGCAGUCGGAACUGUCAUCGGAAACCCACCAGACAGGCCUUGCUGCUCUGUUCUUCAAGGGCUGGUCGAUCUUGAAGCUGCCGUUUGUCUUUGUACCGCCAUUAAAGCUAACAUUUUAGGGAUUAACAUUGAUAUUCCCAUCUCCUUGAGUUUGCUCAUCAAUACUUGCGGCAAAAAUCUUCCCUCUGAUUUCAUUUGCGCUUGA